UCGCUGCUUACUCACUUAGGCAGGAAAUUUGUUACACUUAGACAUGGGUUUGAUAGUCAUGGCCAUACUUUGCUGUGUUUCUAUCUUGAUUCUUUUGAUACCUUCUGCUUCCUCACAUGCUCUGGAUCAGUCUUCUCCCUUGCAAGCAACUGAAGCUGUGCAUUCUCCUCGUCUUGUUUUAGGAAGGAAGUUCAAAAUGUUAAAAGAAGCUGCAAGAUUGGAUAAGAGGGUUGAAACCCAAGGAUUCCAAGUUGCCAAACAAAAUGAUUACCACAAGGAAAACGUUUCAGGUGAGGAGGAAAAGGGUAUGAAGUUGAACAAAAGAAAGGGGAGAAAGGGGGUGAAUGUGGCCGACAUGUCGUCGCAGGUUUUCACAAUGGACUACGCUCACCUAAAACGACGUCGUCCUGUCCACAACAUGUCGCUCAACCGUCCUUGAAUUUGACUCCCUUUUUCUAAUCUAACCCCCCCCCCCCCCCUUAACUUUUUCCUUUUCACAAUUACAUCCCCAACAAAAAGAGGGAAUUGCAUCCCUUAACCCAUCCGUCGUGGCCGACAAAUUAGCAGACUAAUUUUAGAGACUUUGUUAAUUAUAAUAAAAUUAAUCUAAUUAAAUUAGAGGGACCCAUUUUGAGGUCUAAUUUGUGUAAUUAUCGUUACUCUAUUAGGUAAUUAAAUUAACAUUAUUUUGUAA